AUGAAUCAGUGUACAAAGAAUUGCUGCCUAUGCUAUUGUUGUUCCUGUGCUACUACAUAUUUUCUACUUUAGAAAGCCUAAUGUUUAAAGGAACCUCCACAAUUUCUUAAAAGACAAGGGCAACAUUAAGUGAAGACAUGGAAAGGGAGAAUGCAACAUUGCUGACAGAGUUUAUUCUCACAGGACUUAUAUACAAACCAGAGUUGCAAAUCCCCUUGUUCCUGGUGUUCUUGGUGGUAUACCUGAUCACCAUGGUGGGAAACCUUGGUCUAAUUGCUCUCAUCUGCAAUGAUGCUCACCUUCACACUCCCAUGUACUUACUCCUGGGGAAUUUAGCCUUUGUGGAUGCUUGGAUGUCAUCUACAGUCACCCCCAAGAUUCUGGUCAACUUCCUAAUCAAGAGCAAAAACAGUAAAAAGAUAUCUUUCUCUGAAUGCAUCAUACAAUUGUUUUCCUUUAUAUUCAGUGCAUGCACAGAAUGUUUUCUGCUGGCAACAAUGGCAUAUGAUCGCUAUGUAGCCAUAUGCAAACCACUACUUUAUCCAGUGAUUAUGACCAACAGACUGUGCAUCUGGCUCUUAGUCUUAUCAUUUGUAGGUGCUGUGCUUUAUGCUUCUCUUCAUAUAGGUCUUUUGUUCAGACUAACCUUUUGUAAUUCUAAUAUAAUACAUCACUUUUACUGUGACAUCAUACCAUUGUUUAAGAUUUCCUGUACUGACCCUUCCAUUAAUGUUCUGGUGGUUUUUAUUUCCUCCGGGUCAGUACAAGUGUUCACCAUACUGACUGUUUUUAUCUCUUAUACACUUGUUCUUUUUACAGUCUUAAAAAAGAAGUCUGUGCAAGGCAUAAAGAAAGCCUUCUCUACCUGUGGAGCUCAUCUCCUAUCUGUGUCUUUAUUCUUUGGUUCUCUUCUCUUCAUGUAUGUGCGUCCUGCAUCUGCUCAAGUGGAUGACCAAGACAUGAUGGACUCUCUGUUUUACACUGUCAUCAUUCCUUUGCUAAAUCCAAUUAUCUAUAGUCUAAGAAAUAAGAAAGUCCUGGAUUCACUGGCAAAAAUGUUAAAGAGAAAUGUUCAGAUUUCUUACUAA